UCUCUUCCAUCUCGCCUCCUAUCAGCCGCAUUCCCCGCGAGGACGGACGGAGCGGAACAUCUAAGCGGCGCGCAUUAAGGACGCGGACGCGACAAGGUUGUCGCAGCGGAACCGGAGCGCGGGAAGCACGCGCACUAUAUGCUGGGGAUUUAUUUUUUUCUUCUUUAAAAUUUACUCCUUUUUGUUGACAUUUGAUGUAUUUUAUCAACAUUUUAUCUGGAUGGUGACAUUUAUUUUUUAAAUUAAAACAAAAAUAGUAUCGACUCCACCGUGUUGAAGCUAGCUAGCAUGAAAUGCUACCUGGGUAUUUGGCGUCUCUUUGGAGUAUUAAUGGUGGAAAACGCCGGGACAUUUUGUUUUUCUUGUACGAAAGCGACACCCUGACCUCCUUACGUAAAUGCCCGCGUGACGUUAGUCGCCGGUCCAAAGCCCCCUUUUGGCCCUCCUCCCGCCCGAAACACGGUCCGACUCACCUGAGCGCGCGCACGCCUGAUAAUUGUGUGCACGCGCACCGUCUGAUGAGUCCCGGUUCGCCGCCGAUGCGACAUCGUCACCGUCCUCUUCCCUCGCCGCCAUGUCGUCGUCGUCGCGCAAGAUCUCCUCGGAGUCCUUCAGCAGCUCGGUGGGCUCCGACUGCGGACUGGAGAGUCCCGGCGGGGACGGCGGGCUGCUGCUGCUGGAGCCGGCCGAGGAGCUCCGCGGAUGCCCCUUCUCUUCCUCCUCCUCCGCCGCCGCCUCCUCCGCCCACAGACCGCUGCUCUGGAACGGCCGCAGCCCCGCCGCCGACAGGCUGGCGUGUCCGGCGGGCGACGCCAAGCCCGCGGCCGGCGUGCCCCACAAGAGGGCGACCAGGCGGAGGCGGGUGAACCUGGACUCGCUCGGAGAGAGCUUGAAGCGGCUGACCUCCCCCACGACACAGACUGUUCAAGAAGCUCUGCAGAGAACUCUGAAGUUUUACAGACAACGAGACAUCAGGUGUCCGGACUCCAGCAGGCAGAGUGAAAGUAAGGAAGACAAGUGCCCUUUUCUAGAAAAUUCUGGCUCGGAAGAGGACGUUCUUCAAAUCCUGAACUACAUGGCCACCGUCCUCGGAGUGCCAUUCUUUUUGCUGCGCGAGCACUUCGGCGAGGAGUUCUUCGGCCUGUGCUUUGAGGAAAACGAACGCGUGCUCCGGGCGGUGGGCGGCAACCUCCAGGACUUUUUCAACGGCUUCGACGCCAUCCUGGAACGCAUCCGAGCCUCCACGGGCCGCCGCGCCUCGUCCGAGAGCCCGUCCUUCCAGUGCAAGGAGCCCCGCGGGGAGGAGAAGAGUCGCAGGAAACCGGACAAAGUGCGAGACGGCGGGGGGAAGUCGCUGCUGCUGCACUGCUUCAACCCCGCGCCCGUGGUGGGACUCGUCAUGCCGGGAAUUAUCCGAGCCGUUUCCAGACGCAUCUUUCAUUCCGAAGUGGAAGUAGAAGAAGUGUCGCCGCUCACGCCCUUGUUGCCCUGUGAAGAUGGCGGUUCCGCCUCACCCACUCCCACCGCGUCCCCGUUCGCCUCGCCCUCCUCCUCGCCGCCUCCUCCUUCGGCCUUCCCCAACUCCGCACCCACGGUUUGCCUGUCCUUCCAAAUUCAGGAAACGUGUCCGGCGCACCUCCUCCCCAAUGUUCGUCCUGGAGAAGCCCCUCCCUCGCUGUCCAACAACCCCAGCGACCUGCGCAUCAGCCUGGCCACUUUCUGCCGUGCCUUCCCCUUCCAUUUUGUCCUGGGCCCUCGGAUGGAACUUCUCCAGCUCGGCGAGGGACUGAGGAAGCAGGCGCGCCUGGAGCCUCAUCGAAGUCUCUCCUUUAGGGACUGUUUCGAGAUAGUCUCCCCCAAGAUGGAGCUUUCCUUCCAGAGGAUCCUACUGAGUCUGGCGUCUCCUUUCACGAUCCACACCAAGCCGGACGCCACGCAGGUCGGGAACAAGGAGAAGGUCAUGGAGCUGAAGGGUCAGAUGAUCCAUCUGCCCGAGUCCUCCUCCCUGAUGUUUCUGGGCUCACCUCGUGUCGACAAGUUGGAGGAGCUGAUGGGCCGGGGCCUCCACUUGUCCGACAUCCCCAUCCAUGACGCCGCACGGGACGUCAUCCUGGUGGGCGAGCAGGCCAAGGCUCAGGACGGCCUGAAGAAGAGAAUGGACAAACUCAAGGCCACGCUGGAGCGCACUCACCAGGCUCUGGAGGAGGAAAAGAGAAGAACCGUGGACCUCCUCUAUUCCAUAUUUCCGGGCGACGUGGCCCAGAAACUAUGGCAGGGUCAGCCGGUGCCCGCCCGCAAGUUCGACGACGUCACCAUGCUGUUCUCGGACAUCGUGGGCUUCACCGCCGUGUGCGCCCAGUGCACGCCCAUGCAGGUCAUCUCCAUGCUCAACGAGCUCUACACUCGCUUCGACUACCAGUGUGGCAUCCUGGAUGUUUAUAAGAUAGAAACCAUAGGCGACGCCUACUGUGUGGCGGGAGGUCUGCACAAGAAGGUGGACAGUCACGCCAAGCCCAUCGCUCUCAUGGCUCUGAAGAUGAUGGAGCUCUCCGAGGAGGUGCUGACCCCCGACGGAAGGCCUAUCAAGCUGAGGAUCGGCAUCCACACGGGUUCAGUCCUGGCCGGUGUGGUCGGAGUGAAAAUGCCUCGGUAUUGUCUGUUCGGGAACAACGUGACUCUGGCCAGCAAGUUUGAGUCCGGAAGUCACCCCAGGUGCAUCAACGUCAGCCCCACGACUUACCUGUUGCUGAAAGACGACCGAACCUUUUCCUUCGUCCCCCGUUCGCGUCUUGAGCUCCCCGACAAUUUCCCCACAGAGAUUCCAGGUACGUGUUAUUUCCUAGAAGCGGGGACGUCCCACAGCCACGCCUCCUUGACCAGCUCUCGCUCCGCGCCCCCGGCCUCUAUGAGGAAGGUGUCCUACAGCAUCGGGACCAUGUUUCUAAGAGAGACCAGUUUGUAGGCGGCGGGCUACUGAGGACCGAGGAGGCGACAGGACAGCAAUAACACACCUUUGUGGAUAUGCAAAAACAACUCUGGCUCACAGCUGUGGAGCGGGACAAGAUAGUGGUUUUCGUCACCCGGGGACCGUUUCCCACAUGGACUCACUACCCAGGACUCAAUGAGAGGAGAAACUUGAACAUGGCUUUAAGUUGAGAAUGGGAGAACAAGGUCUCUUCAGAAGAAGAACCGUCCUAAGCCAGAAACUGGGAUGCUUCAGGACAUUGGACGUCGUUACUAGCACAGGACUUACAGGACUAACCAUGAACGGUGAGACUGUCUUUGUGGACGGGAACAGAACUGUCGGACUGUCUUCGUGGACGGGAACAGAACUGUCAGACUGUCUUUAUGGACGGGAACAGAACUGUCAGACUGUCUUUAUGGACGGGAACAGAACUGUCGGACUGUCUUUAAGGACGGGAACAGAACUGUCAGACUGUCUUUAAGGACGGUAACAGAACUGUCGGACUGUCUUUAAGGACGGUAACCGAACUGUCGGACUGUCUUUAAGGAUGGGAACAGAACUGUCGGACUGUCUUUAUGGACGGUAACAGAACUGUCGGACAGUUUUUAUGGACGGGAACAGAACUGUCAGACUGUCUUUAAGGACGGGAACAGAACUGUCAGACUGUCUUUAAGGACGGUAACAGAACUGUCGGACUGUCUUUAAGGAUGGGAACAGAACUGUCGGACUGUCUUUAUGGACGGUAACAGAACUGUCGGACAGUUUUUAUGGACGGGAACAGAACUGUCGGACUGUCUUUAAGGACGGGAACAGAACUGUCGGACUGUCUUUAUGGACGGUAACAGAACUGUCGGACAGUUUUUAUGGACGGGAACAGAACUGACGGACUGUCUUUAUGGACGGGAACAGGACUGUCGGACUGUCUUUAAGGACGGGAACAGAACUGUCGGACUGUCUUUAAGGACGGUAACAGAACUGUCGGACUGUCUUUAAGGACGGGAACAGAACUGUCGGACUGCCUUUAUGGACGGGAACAGAACUGUCGAACUGUCUUUAUGGACGGGAACAGGACUGUCGGACUGUCUUUAUGGACGGGAACAGAACUGUCGGACUGUCUUUAAGGACGGUAACAGAACUGUCGGACUGUCUUUAAGGACGGUAACCGAACUGUCGGACUGUCUUUAAGGAUGGGAACAGAACUGUCGGACUGUCUUUAUGGACGGUAACAGAACUGUCGGACAGUUUUUAUGGACGGGAACAGAACUCUCAGACUGUCUUUAAGGACGGGAACAGAACUGUCAGACUGUCUUUAAGGACGGUAACAGAACUGUCGGACUGUCUUUAAGGAUGGGAACAGAACUGUCGGACUGUCUUUAUGGACGGUAACAGAACUGUCGGACAGUUUUUAUGGACGGGAACAGAACUGUCGGACUGUCUUUAAGGACGGGAACAGAACUGUCGGACUGUCUUUAUGGACGGUAACAGAACUGUCGGACAGUUUUUAUGGACGGGAACAGAACUGACGGACUGUCUUUAUGGACGGGAACAGGACUGUCGGACUGUCUUUAAGGACGGGAACAGAACUGUCGGACUGUCUUUAAGGACGGUAACAGAACUGUCGGACUGUCUUUAAGGACGGGAACAGAACUGUCGGACUGCCUUUAUGGACGGGAACAGAACUGUCGAACUGUCUUUAAGGACGGGAACAGAACUGUCGAACUGUCUUUAUGGACGGGAACAGGACUGUCGGACUGUCUUUAUGGACGGGAACAGAACUGUCGGACUGUCUUUAAGGACGGGAACAGAACUGUCGGACUGUCUUUAAGGACGGUAACAGAACUGUCGGACUGUCUUUAAGGACGGGAACAGAACUGUCGGACAGUUUUUAUGGACGGGAACAGAACUGUCGGACUGUCUUUAAGGACGGUAACAGAACUGUCGGACAGUUUUUAUGGACGGGAACAGAACUGUCGGACUGUCUUUAAGGACGGUAACCGAACUGUCGGACUGUCUUUAAGGACGGUAACCGAACUGUCGGACUGUCUUUAAGGACGGUAACCGAACUGUCGGACUGUCUUUAAGGACGGGAACAGAACUGUCGGACUGUCUUUAAAGACGGUAACAGAACUGUCGGACUGUCUUUAAGGACGGGAACAGAUCUGUCGGACUGUCUUUAUGGACGGGAACAGAACUGUCGGACAGUUUUUAUGGACAGGAACAGAACUGUCGGACUGUCUUCGUGGACGGGAACAGAACUGUCAGACUGUCUUUAUGGACGGUAACAGAACUGUCGAACUGUCUUUAAGGACGGGAACAGAACUGUCAGACUGUCUUUAAGGACGGGAACAGAACUGUCGGACUGUCUUUAUGGACGGUAACAGAACUGUCGGACUGUCUUUAAGGUCGGGAACAGAACUGUCGGACUGUCUUUAAGGACGGUAACAGAACUGUCGGACUGUCUUUAAGGACGGUAACAGAACUGUCGGACUGUCUUUAAGGACGGGAACAGAACUGUCGAACUGCCUUUAUGGACGGGAACAGAACUGUCGAACUGUCUUUAAGGAUGGGAACAGAACUGUCGGACUGUCUUUAUGGAUGGGAACAGAACUGUCGGACUGUCUUUAAGGACGGGAACAGAACUGUCGGACAGUUUUUAUGGACGGGAACAGAACUGUCGGACUGUCUUUAAGGACGGUAACAGAACUGUCGGACUGUCUUUAAGGACGGGAACAGAACUGUCGGACAGUUUUUAUGGACGGGAACAGAACUGUCGGACAGUUUUUAUGGACGGGAACAGAACUGUCGGACUGUCUUUAAGGACGGGAACAGAACUGUCGAACUGUCUUUAAGGACGGGAACAGAACUGUCGGACUGUCUUUAAGGACGGGAACAGAACUGUCGGACUGUCUUUAAGGACGGUAACAGAACUGUCGGACUGUCUUUAAGGACGGGAACAGAACUGUCGGACUGUCUUUAAGGACGGGAACAGAACUGUCGGACUGUCUUUAAGGACGGGAACAGAACUGUCGGACUGUCUUUAAGGACGGGAACAGAACUGUCGGACUGUCUUUAAGGACGGUAACAGAACUGUCGGACUGUCUUUAAGGACGGGAACAGAACUGUCGGACUGUCUUUAAGGACGGGAACAGAACUGUCGAACUGUCUUUAAGGACGGGAACAGAACUGUCGAACUGUCUUUAUGGACGGUAACAGAACUGUCGGACUGUCUUUAUGGACGGUAACAGAACUGUCGAACUGUCUUUAUGGAUGGGAACAGAACUGUCGGACUGUCUUUAUGGACGGUAACAGAACUGUCGAACUGUCUUUAAGGACGGGAACAAAACUGUCGAACUGCCUUUAUGGACGGUAACAGAACUGUCGGACUGUCUUUAAGGACGGUAACAGAACUGUCGAACUGUCUUUAAGGACGGUAACAGAACUGUCGAACUGUCUUUAUGGACGGUAACAGAACUGUCGGACUGUCUUUAUGGACGGUAACAGAACUGUCGAACUGUCUUUAUGGACGGGAACAGAACUGUCGAACUGUCUUUAUGGACGGUAACAGAACUGUCGAACUGUCUUUAAGGACGGUAACAGAACUGUCGGACUGUCUUUAAGGACGGUAACAGAACUGUCGGACUGUCUUUAAGGACGGGAACAGAACUGUCGAACUGCCUUUAUGGACGGGAACAGAACUGUCGAACUGUCUUUAUGGACGGGAACAGAACUGUCGAACUGUCUUUAUGGACGGGAACAGAACUGUCGAACUGUCUUUAUGGACGGGAACAGAACUGUCGAACUGUCUUUAUGGACGGGAACAGAAUUAACCGUGAACGGUCAAACUGUCUUUAUGGACAAGAACAGAACUGUUGGACUGUCUUUAAGGACGGUAACAGAACUGUCGGACUGUCUUUAAGGACGGGAACGGAACUGUCGGACUGUCUUUAUGGACGGGAACAGAACUGUCUUUAUGGACGGGAAUAGAACUGUCGGACUGUGUUUAUGGACGGGAACAGAACUAACCAUGAACGGUCAAACUGUCUUUAUGGACGGGAACAGAACUGUCGGACUGUCUUUAUGGACGGUAACAGAACUGUCGGACUGUGUUUAUGGACGGGAACCGAACUAACCAUGAACGGUCAAACUGUCUUUAUGGACGGGAACAGAACUGUCGGACUGUCUUUAUGGAAAGGUACAGAACUAACCAUGAACUGUCGUACUGUCUUUAUGGACGGGAACAGAACUAACCAUGAACUGUCGGACUGUCUUUAUGGACGGGAACAGAACUGUCGGACUGUCUUUAUGGACGGUAACAGAACUAACCAUGAACUGUCGGACUGUCUUUAUGGACGGGAACAGAACUGUCGGACUGUCUUUAUGGACAGUAACAGAACUAACCAUGAACUGUCGGACUGUCUUCAUGGACGGGAACAGAACUGUCGGACUGUCUUCAUGGACGGGAACAGAACUGUCGGACUGUCUUUAUGGACAGAUACAGAACUAACCAUAAACUGUCGGACUGUCUUUAUGGACAGUAACAGAACUAACCAUGAACUGUCGGACUGUCUUCAUGGACGGGAACAGAACUGUCGGACUGUCUUUAUGGACAGGUACAGAACUAACAAUGAACUGUCGGACUGUCUUCAUGGACAAGAAGGACCGGACCGCAAGACGAGGACAGCACACCUCGAAUCAGGUCCUGGCUCACCACGAACGUAGAUGGUGGAGCAGUUGGACGAGGUAGAGGAGAGACAGAUAAGAGGAAAUAGUUUUAAACAAAGCUAAUAUUUGAAAAAAAGAAUAAUGCCAAAAAAUACUAGAGCCUUUUUCUGCUUCUAACUCACAGCAAACUGUAAUCAAUAAAACAAAUCCAAACAUUUCA